AUGGACUCUCUUAAGGAAGCUGAAAUUCGUGAAGUAUUCCGUGAGUUCGACAAGAAUGGAGAUGGAAGGAUUACACGACAAGAGUUAGAGGUCGCUCUUCUUCAAUUGGGAGAAAAAGCUACCAACUCGAAAAUCGAAACGAUGAUCGAGCAGGCGGAUUUGGAUGGAAACGGAUGCAUUGACAUCGACGAAUUUCUCAAUGUUCUUCGUCGACAAAUUUGCGAUCCGAAGGAGGAACGAGAGUUGAGAGAUGUGUUCAAUGUUUUCGAUAAAAACGGAGAUGGAAUGAUCUCAAUCGACGAUUUGAUUUUUGUAAUGUGCCAAUUGGGAGAGAAGUUGACGGAGACUGAAGCGAAGGAAAUGAUCAAGCAAGGAGAUCUCGAUCAUGAUGGAAUGAUCGACUUCCAAGGUGUUCAAUUCCUCCGAACUUUCAUUCAAUUAUCAAUAUUUUAG